UAUAUGUGUAUUUCAGAAUGAAAAGAUCUCCCUCCAUUUUCCUCUCUAUACAGACCCAUUCCAAUUUCCGUGUAAGUUCCAAAAUCCCUGUACCGACGUCUCGACCGGACCAUGGAGCUGAUCUUGUGGGCUCUCUCAUUUUUCAUCGAUUUAGCUCUCUUGGCAUCCACCUUUUAUCAGCAUCUCGCAUUAAUCGCAUCGUCAUCCCCGAGUUCGUUGUGCAAGGAGUACUCUGUGCAGUUUUCCUCAUCACAUGGCAUUGGUUCAUGUUUCUGAUGACGGUUCCCCUUGCUUGCUAUCACGUGAUGCUAUUUUUGAAACGGCAGCAUCUUUUUGACGUCACUGAAGCAUUCAGAUUUCUUAAUGCUGAGAAGAAGUUUCGGAUGAUCAAGCUUGGUUUCUACUUGGCAUUAUUUGCCAUAAUCACAUUCAGGCUUGCAUUAUCUGUUUUCAACUUUUUAAGUGAUGCGGAGGAUGCUGUGCAUUUAUUUUGAUUGCCCACUGCUUGAGCAGUAUGGUAGCCACUCAUUGCUGACUUUUAAUCAUAUUCUUGGAAGUAAGAUUUUUACUUGGUGUUGGAAGUGGAUUCAACGGAAUAGCUGUGUGCCAUGCGUCAUCUGGUAAAUUUAGCUAAUUUGUUUUUUAUGGUAUGCUUAUGUUUGUUCUGGAAGUUGUUAAUAAAAAAAUGUAUUUUUUUCUAGAAGUCAUCUUUCAUACAAGGAGUCAUAUCUAGAAAGAUGUCUUGCUUAUUAUAGGGGUGAUAGCUCAUCGGAAAGUCUUAAGCCAUGUUUGCAUUUUCCACUUGCCGAGCCUGAUCUAGUCCGAGAUAGUCAAUGUUUGGGCCGGGGCAGGGGUUUCUAAAUUUAUGGUACACAUAAUCCAGUUGAGAUGGGCUUGUAAACUAAUCUUUCUGUAUAUGUGAAGUACUCAGAAAUGAUCCCUGUGCCCACGCACCAAAUGUGGACCCACUUCAUCUCACCCAUCCACAAGUGUCCUCUCCCCGACAGGUAGCCAGACCCGACAUACUGUAGGCAGCUUGACAGCAGCCUGCCUUUCUUUGUAACAAUCAAAAGAUGCUAAAUUAUUUGGUCCACUUGGAACAGCUUAAAGUCCAUGGGCCCCUCGAUUCUCAGUGGUCCCCUCUUGAUUAGAAGUUUUUAACCACUUGCUGUGUGUUGACCCAUAACAAAUUGGUCCGUGCCAUUUAGCUGGAUGUUGGGUCGUUUUCGGGCCCUGGGCUCCAGUACAGUUGUCUUCCUGUUUGCCACCUUUGGACCCCAUAACCUUCUUUUCUUUUGGGGGUGAAGUAGGACCCACGUCAUCAAGGCCUGCUUUGGGCUACAGAAAACGGGUCUCGUUCCGGAUAUUGUCUCUUUCAAGUGGGCCUAUUGAGUUGGACAACAUCUGUCCUUCUGAUAUACCAGCUUUUUUCCUGAUAAUUAAUAUCAUGUCAAGGGUUGUAUGGGAAACGAACCAAAAUAAUGUGCAUACUUUUUGGUUUUUUAUAAAUGGCUUGUGCAAGUUUUGUAUAUUUUGGACUUAUCUCUAGAAAAUAAUUACUCUUUUGACGCUGUUUGCCAUAUUGAUUCCUGGAAAAAAAUAAGUUCUCUGUGGGCUACUAAGUUGUGUGAUUCUUUCAAUUAUACCUUAGGACUCCUGACUAAAAUUAUAUAUGUGAAUGCUGAAUGCGUCGUCUCGUAUUUUAUUACCUUCUUCUAUGGCUCUAAAUAUCUUGGUUAGUGUGUAGCUAGUGAUGAAAGGAAAGAUUUGAGCGAACUGUCGAUUCAAGGUUAGUAUGUUGUCUAGUGAUAUGGAUCAUCAAAUACAUACAUGAUUCUUACGGUGGAAUCGUAUAUCCAGGAUUUACUUCUUAGUGAUAAGUCUAAAGGACCCUACCCUUAAUGAGAGGUUCUACGUGCCAUUUCUUUUUCCUUGAACCUCAUUCAAUCUCCAAAGUUUUACUUCAUUGAUGAUAUCGUUUAGGCCGAAGAAGUGAGAACCAUCCUCUUGGCUCAUGGAUAUAAAACGACACAAAUGGGGGUUUGCCCCCAUAGACAAAAUUGGUGGGGGCAAUCGCAUCCUACUAUUGCUAAUGUUGCCAUAUCUGAAAAGCUUUGUGAUUUUCAAAAGGACGUUUGUUGAGUAUUCGAGAUAGGAUAAUCUAUCCACACACGUUAUUACUUAUUAGUCUCAUUGAUUUCUUGCCGUAGACAUUCAGAAUUAUGCCUCACAACAUCAACGAUUAGAGAAGAAUAAAACCUCACGUCAUCAACACCAUUGCAACAUUUCUAUGGUUAAAGACACAG